AAACCGAAGCUGAUAAAAAAAUCGAAACUGAUGACAAAACCGAAGCUGGCGUGAAAACCGAAACUGGUGAGAAACCCGAAACUGGUGAGAAAACCAAAACUGAUGAGAAAAUUGAAACUGACGAAAAAACCGAAGCUGGUGAGAAACCCGAGAAAACAACUCCACAAAAUUCAUCGACGACUGCGUGCGAUAAAAGAUUUCAACAAGAUCCAAUUUUUCAAAAACAUCUUCCGAAAGGACUUUGCUCGGUGUUGAAAUGUUGGCUGUCAAAUGAUACAAUAGAUACAGAUCAAAAAGAAAUCUUUCGAAGUAGCACUGAAUUUCUUCUUCAAUCUACUAAAACAGAUCCUGAUGCUAAAGAAUGGAUUAAUCAAGAAACUGAAUUAAUUGAUCUUACGGACAAAUGCUUACAAAACAUAGCAUCAGAUGGUCAUCAUCUUGGUACUGAUGAUUCGAAAGAUCCAAAUUUACAACUAUUCGAUUGCCUUAUUCAAGCAUUUCAACAUGCUCAAUGUAAACAAUUAGCUGAUUCACUUAUUAAAUGUAUUACGAGCCAUUAUUACAUAGAUGCUGUACGUAGUCUAAAUGAUCCCAUUGCAACAUCGUUGAACACUACACAAGAAUUUCUUCUUGUUACUUGUCCAAAAUAUAUUGUUCUUUGUGAUAAAACUAAAAGUUAUUCUUCAAAAAUAUCUAAUGAAAUAUUAAAUCAAUUUAAUGAAGCAUUGACAGAAUUGCUUCCUCAUGUCGAGAAAUGGACAGCACCAGUUAUGUUCUGUUUGGUUUAUCCUUUAAAAUUCAUUUUACCACAAAUUCGUUCAUCGUCAUAUGAACGUAGAAAACCUUUGUAUGACAUUGUUCUCAAUCUCAAUCUACAUCUACCAGACAGUGAUCCAACUAAUGAAGAAGCACGUAACAAACUAAUUUAUGUAUUACUUUGUGUAUUGAUUGAAAUAGUUCGAUCGGACAGAAAAUUAUCAAAUCAAUUGAAAAAUGAAACAGAAGAAAAAGCCGAUUUAGUUAAAAUAUUAGUUAGUUUAUCAAAAAUCGAAAACGGAAACGGAAACAACGAACAAAUCAACCUAAAAGCAGUAGAAUUAAUAUCAUUAUUAGUGCCAGAAGACGAAUUACUUAAAGAAAAUAGCACAGAAAAAGUUACUGCAUUGUUCAUUAAAAAUUUUAAUGCUGCAGUUCGAAGUGGAAACGCUGAUAAAGCUGAUGCAGCUUUAAAAGGAUUCAAGGAUUUAAUACAAAACGAUGACGUUAAAGAAGAAGUUAUGAAACAAGAUGCAUUACCAUCGAUAAUUAAAUUUGCAAAAGAAAGUAUAGAUGAUCCGUUACCAUUGGAAGUUGUAUAUUCCAUGGCAUUCAAUAAAGACGGAAACAAAGUUAUUCGUGAGGAUAAAGAGUUUGUUGAUCAUGUAAAAGAAUUAUUAGACGCUGAAAUACAAGAAGUUGCAAAAAUCGCACAUGGUAUAAUGUGGAAAAUAGAAGGGGAACAAAAGUUUGAACAAAGAAAACUGGAGAAAAUGAAAAAAAAGGAAGAUGAAAAGAACCAGAAAAAAGAUGAAAAAAGUGAGAAAACAGAUGAUGCAAAACCUGCAGCUCCAACAGACAAUACCGCGGAAAAAGAACCGGAUCAAUACCAUAUGAUGAUUUCAUACUGUUGGGCACAACAGCCACUAUGCCAUAGAAUUAAUGAUCGUCUUGAAAAGGAUGGCUAUAAAGUUUGGUUAGAUCGAGAUGAAAUGCGAGGAUCAAUCAUUGAAAGUAUGGCUGAAGCUAUUGAAAAUUCAAAAUUUGUACUCCUUUGUAUGUCAAGUAACUAUAAGAAGAGUAUUAAUUGUAAAGCCGAAGCUGAAUAUGCAUUCAAUCAGCAUAGUAAAAUAAUUCCACUUAUUGUCGAACCAAAGUAUAAAGCCGAUGGAUGGUUAGGCUUUAUGGCUGGUUCAAAAAUUUAUGUUGAUUUUGCUGAUAAAGAGGAUGAAGAAUUCGAAAAAGCAUAUAAUUUAUUGAUAGAAGAACUGAAACGAAAUGGGCUAGAUGAUAAAGAUGAAGAUCAAGAAAAAAAGGCUGAUCAAACCGGAACAAAUACAGCAUCAAAAAAAGAAGAUUCAAAAAAAUCCGAAGAAUCCGAAAAAAAGGAAGAUUCAAAAAAAUCCGAAGAAUCCGAAAAAAAGGAAGAUUCAAAAAAAUCAGAAGAAGCCGAAGAAAAGGAAGAACCGAAUAAAAAAGAGGAAGCCAAGAAAUCAGUAGAAUCAGAAAAAACAGAAAUGCCACAGAAACCUGAGAAAGUCGCUAUUCAAACAAGGCAAUAUUUAAAUAUUCCUGAAGCAUCCAUGUGGAGUAAUCAACAUGUUUUGGAAUUUUUAAUCGAUAAAAAACUUGAUCCAUUAAUACCUAUAUGCGAAUCAAUGGAUGGUGAAGCAUUAAUUGAAUUUCAUGAAUCAUGUAAAACCAUGCCAGACAUCAGGGACAUUUUACUAAAAGGUUCAAAUGAACAACAGGCUGUUCCACUUGGUACCUUGUUUAAUUUUAUCUCCAAAUUAAACAAAUCUUUACCACCAAAACCAGGACGAAAAGUUUAUUUUCAAUACAGAUAUGUUAGUCCACCAGCGAGCCCAACGGAAACAGUAGGAACAAAUGCAGAAAAUAUAUCAUAG